UGAAGUCAGCAGAGAGCAGAAAUGUCUUCAUGCAUUAUAUACUGGAUAUUAAGAGCUGUUGAUUCUAUAUUCCUUCUGUUGUUUAUUUUGUUUCUUACAUGGUAUUUAUAUCUAUAUACAAGAAACCCAAACCGUCGUCAACCUGAAUCAGAAUCAGAAAACCAGACAGUACAUGCCGAGAGGGAUAGUAUCGAUCCGAGUACCCCGAGAUAUGAAAUUGGUCAGGUCAUAUACAGAAAACAGUGUGGAAAAAAAAAGUGUGGUGAUGAUUAUAGAAGUAUUGAGAUGAAUUUUAUGUACUUACUUGUUAAUAUACCAAAUCCCGAACCUCUAUAUGAAUCGCUGUCUUUAUGUGAGGUUUUUGAUAGCAAUCAUGUGGAAAGAAUAGAGAGAUGUCUUGAAAAUGGAACUCGACAAGAUGCAACAGAAAAGAUUCUCUUGAUUUUGCUGGAAUGUGGGGAACACGCUUACCAGCCCUUUUUAAACUGUUUAGCUAAAGUGGGAUAUAAUCGAGUUAUUGAAAGGCUUCAACAAACUGAAGAAGAGCCAAGCAAUCAACAAAGCAGAGAACAAAGAUUAAUAGCAGAAAGGGAAGCACUAAUGGAAUGGGUGAACGAAAAGGAAGGAAUAUUUCGGGAAGAAAUAAAAGGAAAGGAGGAAGACCUCCAGACGUCACAAAACGAUAAUGAACGCAUUAAUACGGAGCUAGAUGAACUAAAAAAUAAGAUGACUGAAAUGGAGAAUGAAACACAGAGAAAGAAAGAUGAAAGGGUACAAGCAAUUAGUCGUCUAAGAACAAGGGAAAAUAAACUUCUAAAGAACCAAAAAGAAGUAAGAGAAAACCAACAAAGAAUCCAUAACCAGAUAAAGAAUUUGGAGUCACGCGUGGAAGGUUUAAAAGAAGCUACAAUCAGCAGAGAUAAUGAAUUGCCUCAGCUAGAGUCUGAUAUUAUAAAUCUUGUCACGUUACUGCAAAAAACUGCGAUGGCAGAAGACGAAAAGAUCAUUUCUUCUCAACAAGAUGGAAGAUGGAACCAAGAACGUGAAGGCAUGAUUCCACAAUUCAACGAUGAAAGGGGUAGAGAAAAUGCGAAAUCGGAACAUCUAAUGGAAAGCACGAAAAAUCAAAAACGCUAUGAACCUACGGAUAAAAUCCAAAAACUCCAAGACCACAUUAAAGAUAUGGACCAACGAAUAGUGAAGUUGGAGACAUUAAGUAAUUUAGGAAAACAGACCAAAGACUCUACGGCUAUCAAAAUACAAGAGAAACGACAUGGGAGAAUGUUGGAUAAAGACUAUCGACAGAUACAGGGGAAUUUGAUGUACUUAAUUGAAAAUAUACAAGACCCUACAUCUCUUUAUCGUUCGCUGUUUUCAUGUGGGGUUUUUGAUAUAUAUGAUGUCGAAAAAAUAAAGAGAUGUCUUCAAAAUGAAAUCCCAGGAGAUGCAACAGAAAAGCUUCUUUUCAUUUUACUGGACAGCGGUAGAAAUGCUUUCCAACCGUUUUUAGAGUGUUUAGAUAAAGUGGGAUAUAAUCAAGUUAUUGAAAGGCUUCAACAAACUCAAGGUUAGCUAACAAUAUGAUCAUAGUGUUUUUAACUGGAUUGGCUUUAAGCUGUCAUUGGUAGAAGAGGUUAUGCAAGCCUUUUGUGGUUCUUGUUGUGUUUUAUAUCAGCAGAUGAUGGGGUAGUUGGUCUGCAUGGAGGAUUUACAUACUUGUUGUGUAGAACUAUGGUCUUUGCGACCAAAUUGUAUCGUUAACUAAUUAUUAGGUUCACACGUACUCAAAUUAAUUGAGUGAUGUGUUUGUAUAUAAAAACAGUGAAAAUUUGGUAGAAGAAAAAACUGGUUUUGUCCUUUCCAUUGUCAAAAUAUUCAUCAAAUACUAUCUGUUUAUGACAUGUGGUUGGUAGACCAAAUAAGGUAAUAUUCUCUUCCCUGUGUUCAGAUUAUGGGGAUGUUUAUUCCAUAUAUGGGAAUAAAAUUAACGUCAAUCUCAGUCUAUGACGUAAAGAAAUUAGGGGCUGAUAAAAGGGGGUGUUGAACGAAAUUCAUUAGAGCUCAAACAGAUUUCUAGAGCAGCCAUCAUCUAUACUUUAUUGAGAACAAAGCUAAGCAGUUUUAAUAAUAAAGUUGUAUAAACGACUAAACCUGUAGUUAUAUUUAUGAUCACGAAGAAACACA